GCACAUACUGAAACAGCCCCGAGUCCAUGUGACUGAGGACCUCAAGAUGGCGAUGCUCGCAGAACCCCGUAGGAAACAGAAGUGGUCAGUGGACCCGAGAAACAGCGCCUGGAGCAAAGAUGAGUCCAAAUUCGGGCAGAGGAUGUUGGAGAGGAUGGGCUGGUCCAAAGGAAAGGGCCUGGGAAAGAGCGAGCAGGGCGGCACAGAGCACGUCAAGGUCAAAGUGAAGAACAACAGCCUGGGGCUUGGGACCUCAGCCAGUCACGAGGAUAACUGGAUUGCCCAUCAGGAUGAUUUUAACCAGCUGCUGGCUGAACUCAACAGCUGCCACGGACAGAGCACCCCCCCAGCCCCACAGGAGCAGAGCUUCAGCCUGGAGGAGAAAUCCAAAACCUCCAGGAAGAGAGUUCACUACAUGAAGUUCACCAAAGGGAAAGACCUGUCCAGCCGCAGCCAGACAGACCUGGCCUGCAUAUUCGGAAAGAGGGCCCAGCGUGGGACAGACCAAGAGGAGGAAAGCAGUGGACAGGAGUCCCCGGAAGAGGAGACUGGCGCGGAGGCCGUGACCUCUGACCCGGCAGUGGAGGCGCACACAAACACGGUGACCAGCUCCCUGACCAUGCAGGAGUACUUUGCGCAGAGGAUGACCCAGCUGAGAGGAAGACACGCCCCUGUCCCCGCGCCCAAGACUGCCCUGCUUCCCCCCACCGCUGGGCCUGACAUUGCCGACCACGCCCCUGCGACCACGCCUCCGGACCACGCCUCCGACGUCCCCACGGCUCGGAAAACCAAGAAGAAGAAAAAGAAGAACAAGAAGAAAGAUGGAGAGGAGGAGAGAGUGGUGGUGGACACGGAGGACUGCGCUGUUUCCCAUGAGCCUGAGCAGCUGAGCCGUGGGGACAGGAAGAAGAAAAAGAGGAAGCGUGUUGAUGGAGGGAUGGAGAGGGAGGAGUGUGGGGUUUCCUGUGGGAGCAGGGACGAGGGUGCGGGGGAGCCGCCGGAGGACCCGCACGUCCAGCCCGACCCCGGCCACACAGGCAAGAGGAAGAGGAGAGACGAAGAGCAGAAAAAACCCAAAAAAGACAAAAAGAAGAGAAAAGAGAAAUGAGCCUUUCCCUCAGAGAAGAGCGGGCCUCCAUUUUAAAAACAGCCAGGAAACCUCUCUGCUGCCCGUUUCACCGGCCUGGGGUUUCUCUGGUAAAUCUGUGAAACUUUUUUCCACCAAAACCUCAUAACUUAAAAGCAAAUGAAAUCUGCGAGUGCAAAGUGAGUUAUUUAUGACUAAGGGUUACCUGAGGGGAGGGGCUGGUGAACGGAUCCUCCAUGUUCUCCUCCCAGCUGUCUGACACAGGUGCAGUCAGUUGUCUCUGUCUGACACUUGUUCUGGUGCAGUCAAAACAAAGGGCUGCUUGAUGCCAUAUUCGCCUUGUUCAGUAAUGAAUGAUGAAAUAGUAUUACAUGAAUUACUGCAUAUUCUUACCUUUUAAAUACUGGCCCAGCACAUCUUUUCUAAAUUACAUUGUGUAUACUUGUAUUUCUUCAUAAUAAAUCUCACCCUUGAAUUAAA